UCAGUAUCUUCGUGCCGGAAGUGAAGCCACAAGCCGCGGGAAUCUCGUCGUCGCGUCAGCGGACGAGGCGCAGGUGGCUCCACAUCUCCAAACUUUGAGGGACGAGCACGAAGCCUAUAUCCCCUCCUCCUCCAUCUCCUCUCCUCAACGUACAGGGAAGAAGGCAGCACCUGCCUCUGGUCCAUCACCACCUCUGCAACGGAGGAAGCCUAGAAUGUUUCCCUCCAUGUCUCUGCUCUGGUACCAUAUCAGUGGUGAACCAGUAGAAUCGCAUACGAGGAGCAGCGGCAGCAGCUUCUCCGCUACCGAGGAGUGCUGGCGCUCUAUCGGAGGCGAUAACGCAUGCGCCCAUGGCGAAGCGUCACGACGGCCGGACUACACGCUCCUCCUCGAGCCAAAACAAGACGCCCUCGCUGCGGUCAUACGCAGCGCCCGGCACCGCCUCCCCUCCCUCCUCCCCGACUUCUUCAACGCCACCCUCGGCGCCAGCGACUUCUGCGGCUCCCUCGUCGAGUCCAUCCGCCGCGCCCGCGUCGACCAGAUCGAGCUCCACGAGGGCUUCCCGGUCCCCGACGCUCGGCGGCGGCCCGUGACGGCUACCCUCCGCCGCCUCUCCAGGCUCCACAACCCCUUCUCCGACUCCGCACUGCUCCAGUUCGAGAGGAUCCACCAGGCGUUCGACCCGCUGGUGCGGCGGCUCAUACAUGCGCACCGCCGGGCGAUGCGGCGGCUGAGCCAUGCCGACUUGGCCGCCAGGGCCGCGUCGUUCUUCGCCUGCGGGGUGGCCGUGACGAUCCAGGCCCCGUUCGCGCGCGCGGAGGCGCAGCUCGGCGCCGCCGCGAGGGGAGCGUUCGCGCUGGACCGGGACUUCGACACCAUGGGAAGCAUGGUGAGGAGGCUAGGCGACGAGAUCGAGCACACGAGGAACGUGAUCAAGCUGUUCACCGACGACGGCGACGACGACAUGGGAGAAGGGCUGAUGCUGAAGGAGGUGGCCAGGGAGCUGCAGAUGAGCGGGUGCGAGUUCAUGAACAAGCUCGCGGAGCUCGAAGAGCACGUCUCCUCGUGCUUCCUCAACAUCAACAGGACGAGGAGGAUGGUGAUGCAGGAGAUAGUGGCUCACCAGCAACGACAGAUCUAUACAACUGAAGCCUUGGAUUAGGCUCUUUUGAGUCCUUACCUCAUUUUGUUCAUUUGAUGUGUAUUUUUUAGUUGAUUUCAGCUGUGAAUCUUAA